AUGAGUCACUCUCACCGACCGACGACCAAAGUCACCCACAAGCCCUUCAAGUCCAAGCAUGCGUCCAAGGGUGCGCUGAGGGACGCCGCCAAAGGCAGGCUCCCGGGCGACGAAAAGGGGACGCGAAAGACCCCCCACCAGCAAGUUCUGUCCAAAUUCGAUCGACGAAACCAGGCCAAGCAGCGCCAGAUCGCCAAGCGCAAGGAAAGAUUGGAGGAAGCCAGCUUGUUUGUCGGAAGGGACGGCGCACCGAGAAUCGUCGCGGUCGUUCCCCUAUGCCACGAUGGUGACGCCGCGGUCGCCAUCAAGCAAUUAAACGAGAGUGUGGAGGUCGAGGCCGAGGUGGGGGAGACGCCAUUCCGAGUCUCCGUCGACAGAUUCAAGCAGAAGGUCCAGUACAUCCCCCUCAAGAGGGAUCUGAAUGCGGUUCUGGAUGCCACCCGGGUUGCGGACUUCGUGGUGGUCAUGCUCUCGGCCGAUGUCGAGGUCGAUGAGCUUGGAGAGCUGAUGCUGAGGAGUCUGGAGAGCCAGGGUCUGUCAACCCUCUUCACCGUUGUCUACGGUGUGGACAAGAUCGACCAAGCCAAGCACAAGCAGUCCACCCUCGGUUCCCUGAGGUCCUAUAUCACCCACUUCCACCCCGAGCAGGAGAAGCUCUACCAGCUGGAGAACAGACAAGAGUGCGCCAACCUCAUGCGGUCGCUCUGCAACACCACGCCGAAGGGUGUCAGGUGGCGCGAGGACAGGAGUUGGAUGUUGGCCGAGGACAUCAAGUUUGCCAGCUCGGGACUUGACUCAACGGUCAUCACCGGUGUCGUCAGGGGACGGGGCUUGAAGGCCAACCGCCUGGUUCAGCUGGGCGACUUUGGUACCUUCCAGGUCGAGAAGAUUACGAGUGCGCCGUUGCCCAAGAAGCUGAAGAGGGGCGAAAUGGCCGUGGAGGAAACCGAGACCGAGGAGACUCUUGAUACCCCUGAUGAAGACCAGGAUGAUCUGGCAGAGCUGGCCCCUGAUGCGCCGAUGGAAGACGACGAGAUGGAAGCGGACGAGCCGCCAGAGAUCAAGAAGGGUGUACUUCUCGAUGACCACCACUACUUCAACGACGACUACUACGAGGCCGCGGAAGCCAAGACCAGAGUCCCCAAGGGAACAUCCAACUACCAAGCGGCUUGGUACCUCGGCGACGACGUGUCAGACUCAGGCUCCGACAUGGAGGACUUUGAGAUGCAGGACGGCAACUCUUCAGAGGACGAGGCCCGUCCCGAAGACGGCCUCGAGGGUGCCGCGCCAAGAGAGCCCACCGAGGGCGCACCCACAACGUACGCACAGUCCGAAAAGUUCAUCGAACCGGAUGAAGAGGAGGACGCCGCCGGUCUCGCCGCCUACCGCGCGCGCAAGACGGACGAGGUCGAGGACGACAAGGAGUUCCCCGACGAGAUUGAGCUGCACCCGGGCGUCCUCGCACGCGAACGCCUGCAACGGUACAGAGGUCUCAAGAGCCUGCGGACGAGCGAGUGGCUCGAGAGCGAAGACCGGGCCUACGAGCCCGAGGAGUGGCGCAAGCUCCUCCAGAUCCCAGACUACCAGGCCUCCCGGUCGCGGUCCACCCGCGAGGCCCUCGUCGGCGGCGUCGCCCCCGGCACCCGCGUCCACGUCUACCUCAAGGGCGUCCCGGCGUCCUUUGAGAAGUCGCACCAGCCCGGCCGCCCCGUGACGCUCUUCUCCCUUCUGCGCCACGAGCAGAAGAAGACGGCCGUCAACUACCUCUUCAACCUGAGCGCCGACUACGACAAGUCCGUCAAGGCCAAGGAGGAGCUCAUCGUGCAGUGUGGACCCCGCCGCUUCACCAUCAACCCCGUCUUCUCGCAGCCGGGCAACACGCCCAACAACGUGCACAAGUUUGCGAGAUACCUCCACCCGGGCCAGUCCGCCGUCGCGACCUUUAUGGGUCCCAUCACCUGGGGCGCCGUGCCCGUGCUCUUCUUCAAGCGCUCCGUCCCCGUGCCGGAGGGCGAGGGCUCCGAGGAUGAUGGGUCUUCCACAAUCGGCCUGACGCUCAUCGGCACCGGCACCGCCCUGCCGUCGUCGACGAACCGCGUCAUCGCCAAGCGCGCCAUCCUCACGGGCCACCCGUACCACAUCCACAAGAAGAUUGUCACCAUCCGCUACAUGUUCUUCAACCGCGAGGACGUCGAGUGGUUCAAGGCCCUGCCGCUGUGGACCAAGCGCGGCCGCACCGGCUUCAUGAAGGAGCCCCUCGGUACCCACGGAUACUUCAAGGCGACCUUCGACGCCCGCAUCAACCCGCAGGACGCUGUCGGUGUCAGUCUGUAUAAGCGUGUAUUCCCGCGUAACGCAGUCCCCAUCCAGGGGCCUCUUCUCGAGCUCGAGGCUGGCGUUCCUGAAUUGGUCCAGGAGGGGGAUGUGAUGAUGGAGUAG